GAACAGAAAGAGCGCGCUUGGAGACGGGAAGCUGCUGGCUGCUCCGCGUGUAGCGCGCACCUCCCCUCUCCAGAGCGCAGAGGAGAGCUUCCUCUUUUCCUUCCUUUUUCUUUUUUGUUACGGAUCCCGAGCUGUCUCUGUUGCGUCCUUCCGCCGCCGCUGCUGCUGUUUUGUUGUUGUUGUUGUUGUUGUUGUUGUGGAAGGGAAAUCGUCGCCCGAGUGACGCACCGACGGCAGACCGCGAAGCGCCGGCGCCAACCUGAAGGACAUCGCAACUUUAAAACAAGUCGCAACACAGUUGGAAGCGGUGGCUGGGUGCGGGUUCUGAAUGGAGACACCUGACUGCUCGUAACGCCCCAGCUGCGCGUCGGCUGAAUUACUCUUUGCAGCUGUGACGGCUAAAGGAAUGUGGAACACGAGUCUAUCCGAGCGUAAGAGGACCUGCCUCCUGUCAACAUGACCGCGGACCUGAACUUGACCUCCUGGCUGAAUGUAACUGAGCUUCACAAUGACACCAGAGGAUGUUCCCUCACCAGGACAGGAUUCCAGUUCUACUACCUGCCCACUGUUUACAUCAUGGUCUUCAUCACGGGGCUGCUGGGCAACAGCCUGGCCAUCUGGAUGUUCGUGUGCCACAUGAGACCCUGGAGCAGCAUCUCCGUCUACAUGUUCAACCUGGCGCUGGCGGACUUCUGCUACGUGCUCUCCCUGCCCUUCCUCAUCUUCUACUAUUUCAACAAAACCGACUGGAUAUUCGGGGACGUUCUGUGCCGGCUGCAGCGCUUCAUAUUCCACGUGAACCUCUACGGGAGUAUUCUGUUUCUGACCUGCAUCAGUGUUCACAGGUACACCGGCGUCGUGCACCCGCUCAAGUCCCUGGGCAGGUUGAAGAAGAAGAAUGCGGUUAUUACCAGCAUGUUGGUGUGGGCGGUGGUUAUUAUAGCUAUGUCCCCCAUCCUGUAUUAUUCCAGGACUGGCUUGAAGCGUAGCGCGACCACUUGUUAUGACACCACCACUGAGGAUGAGUUACCUGGUUAUUUCAUCUACAGCAUGACUUUGACUGUGUUCGGGUUCUGCGUUCCCUUCAUCAUCAUAUUUUGCUGCUACGGCAUGAUUGUCAAAGCGCUGAUCUGCAAUGAUAUGAACAACGCGCCCCUGCGGCGUAAAUCUAUCCACCUGGUUAUCAUCGUGCUGGCAGUCUUUGCCGUCUCCUACCUGCCGUUCCACGUGAUGAAGAACCUGAACAUGAGGGCCAGGCUGUACUUUCAGGGGCCCGACAUGUGUGAUUUUAACAACCGCGUCUACGCCACCUAUCAGGUGACACGGGGGCUGGCCAGCCUCAAUAGCUGCGUGGACCCUAUUCUUUACUUCCUGGCUGGAGACACGUUCAGGAGGAAGCUGUCCCGGGCCACUAAAAAGCCUUCCAGGAAGGGGGACAAUGCCCUUCAGUCCAAGAGCGAGGAGACGGCUCUCAACAGCCUGGCAGAGUAUGUGGAGAAUGGCGACCGGAGGCUGUGACGGGGCACCUCUGUGUGCCUACUGGUCACGGGCGCCGGUUUCUGUUGGCUUAAGAAGGCACGAUGGACUCCAUAUUGAUUAAAUAGACGCACUGUGUGUGUGCUGAAGGCUGUGUGUGAAACUUCAUGGUUUAUAGAACUGUAGGAUAAAUACUUCAUCUAACCCUUGUGAUGACCUUUGCAGCCUGUCGUUGGUAAUAAGCUAUCGUACCGUGUCGUCAUGUACACGUGUUGUACUCUAAAUGUUACAGCCGUCGCUUUUCACUCUCAUCGAGUAAAAAAAAAAAAAGUGGGGGGGGGACGGAAUGCAGCUCAUCCAGCUUCUGAGCGGAUGCUUGAUCAAUAGUUAUUAAGCGGGAGAGGUGGGGUUGGGGAGGUGUAGCCGCGAUGGCUUCUAGAGGAGAAAGUGAAAGCACUGAAGCUGAGAUUGCUGCAUGGAUGUACCGUGCAGACUUUGCAAUGCACUAUGACUCUCUGCUCAGAGGGCUACCUGUCACUGCUAAUUUCAUCCACCAUCUAGUAUUGACUUUGCCAACAAUGUGGUCGUUGGGUUUCUUAUUUUGACAGCUCUGAGGUUUUGGUCUGUAACGGCGCUGUUAGCCUUUACAGACUUUUCCCCCUUUUUGUUCACAUGUUCCUCCCAGAAAAAAAGAGAAGAUAAUACGUACAGUAUUUUUGUGUAUAUGAUGAAUGUUGUUGUUUUUUUUGGGGGGGGGGGGGUGCUGUACAGGAUGUUGUGACGUCUAUUUGUGUUGUUUGUGUCCAAUCGAUGUCACUAAUGUAGACCUUUAUUGCAUGAGCCCAAUCAAAUGCAAUCAGUGACACACUAACCGCAGCCGGUUCAAACUCUUGACGACUGUUUAUUGGAGCAUUAGAAAUAAAUAAUGUCUUAGAUGAGCAACACGCAUUCAAUCACCUGCUUUGUGACUCCAACGUAUUGAAGACUUGUUUUGUAUGAGACGCAUCAGAGUAAAUACUGCACAUGUCCGUGUUUUGACAGGUAAUCAUUUCUCUUUUGUAUCUGUUGUAAUCACUGUGGAGAAAUGGUUGUGGAGUGUAUAUAUUUUACCCUGGACUACACAGGUGUUUGAUGUCAGUACUAAUACCUUUGUUAAUCUGUAACGUGGUCAGCUAUUGUCAAGAAAGGAAGCGACUCAAGCGAUCUUUGUCAAUAAAUUUUUAUAUUUAAAACAA